CAGCUGGAUCAUUUAUUUAACGUCUCCUCCUUGCGCGUCUCUUCACCAGUACAAACGUUUUCAGAGGAGCGCGGGAACUAAUGCGCAAUUGUCCUGGCUAUUAAUGCCGUGUAAACAGUAAAGACAAGUUCGUUGACUGUCAUGUCAAACCUUCAUUUUAGUUACAGAGAAUAUAACAGGGUCAGCGUCGAAGCAGAUCAGUGAAUGCAUGCCUUUGUGGCGGACGCCACUCAAGGUCUCGAAGAAACACCGUCCUUAGAGUUGUUCCCAUAUCAGUGGAGUUCUUCUCUCGAAACAACACGAAAAAUGGACAGGCUACUUGUUUGAAUGUUCUGUCUAAUCUUCGACUGCAUUGCCACUUAACUAUGGAAAGCUGACAGCAAGAAGCUGUGAUAGUUCAAGAAAGAUAAAAAAAAGUAAGAAUCUACCCUGAACCUACAAGAGAUACUCGAAUAAAGCAUCAUUUCGACAAGCAGCUGUCUGGAGCAGUCAUGGCAGCCUAUGGACAAACGCAGUACAGUCCCGCUCUUCAGCCUGCGGGGCCGUAUUCAGCGUAUACCCAUCACACCCAAGGCUACGGCAUGCCUUCCUACAACAUUAAAACAGAAGAUGGCCUGAGCCACUCGCCAGCACAGAACAGUCUGCUGGGCUACACGUCUAACUUCAGCAACACGCCCCCGAGUCAGGCGCUGUACAGCUACUCCACGCAUGGAAGCAGUAUUUCUUCUGGAAUUUUCCAGGGAGCCAACCCAAUCACAGGUUCAACGCCGUUCAGUCCGACCCAGCAGGACUUUUCGGCAUACACCACAUACAGCCAAAGCCAGUACUCCCCAUACUACAACACACACUACAACAGCCCGUACCUCACUGCCAGCAACAUCAGCCCCACAGCCCUGGCCUCGGCUCUGCCCUAUCAGCAUCCAGAGCACCCGGCCGUGUCCACCAAUCACAGUCCAGAGUCACACACAGGGGAAUACCAUCCCCCACCCAGCCCGCCAACUCCAGUGAAGGAUCAUGAGGGGGUUCCUGGCAGACGGAAUUCAGACGGGAAACUGAGGGGCAGAAAGCGGGCCAGUGACCCAGCGCCCCCCCUCGACUCAGAUAUCGAGAGGGUGUUUAUCUGGGAUCUAGAUGAGACCAUCAUCAUUUUCCACUCUCUACUCACUGGGACUUUCUCCACACGAUUUGGCAAGGACUCUGCCAAGGCUGUUUCGCUGGGGCUGUGGAUGGAGGAGAUGAUCUUUAACCUGGCUGAUUCUCGACUCUUCUUUAAUGACCUGGAGGAAUGUGACCAGGUUCAUAUCGAUGAUGUGGCUUCUGACGACAAUGGACAGGAUCUGAGCACGUACAACUUUGGCACAGAUGGCUUCCAGAGCCCGACGGGCGGGGGCACGCUGUGCCUGGGCUCAGGUGUGCACGGCGGGGUCGACUGGAUGAGGAAGCUGGCCUUCCGCUACCGGCGCGUCAAGGAGAUCUACAACACCUACAAGAACAACGUGGGAGGGUUAUUGGGAAGCCCUAAACGAGAGGAAUGGUUACAGCUGAGGCGGGAGAUGGAGGUUCUGACAGACCUGUGGCUCACACAGGCACUGAAGGCUCUCGCUCUAAUCAACUCCAGGCUCAACUGUGUGAAUGUGAUGGUCACCACUACACAACUCAUUCCAGCCCUAUCUAAGGUCUUGCUAUAUGGCCUGGGUUCCGCAUUCCCCAUAGAGAACAUUUACAGUGCUACCAAAACAGGCAAAGAAAGCUGUUUUGAGCGCAUUACCCAGCGGUUUGGUCGGCGCGCAGUGUAUGUAGUCAUAGGGGAUGGAGUGGAGGAGGAGACUGUGGCCAAGAAGAAGAAUAUGCCUUUCUGGAGGGUGACAUGCCGAGCGGAUCUGGAGGCCCUAAGUCAUGCACUGGAGCUGGACUACCUCUAGGGGGCAGCAGCCGUUGGACACCCUGCCUCUACGCCUAUCCCAUAUCCCUAUGAACUGCAGCGGACCAACAUAGACGUGGCCAGGCAACAUCAAUCAUGAUCCAAAGCCAAGAAUAUGGGACCAAUCUUUAUCUCAGCAGGGAGUUGCAAUAUUACUGGAAAUGUAUUUGUUUCAGUUCAGUCCAAGAAAAAUACCCCCUUCUCCCUCACCAUAGACUCCUUUUUUUCUUUACUUUUUUUAACUGCAGCACAUUGCACUGAAAAUAAAAGCCCUUCUCAGAUCUUUCAGUUCACGGUUGGCGGUUAGAGUGUCACAUAGCAUGUUUAUUCUUUUUUCUAAUAAGUUUGGAGGAGAGAAUAACCAUAAAGUAAAACCAACAAGAAACUGACCAUAAGCUGUUGUUUAUAUUAUUAGAUACUGUAACUCCAUUAAAAGACAUGAUUUGUUAGAAAUAUUACAAGAAUACUUAGAGAAUUGCUUUAUUGGUGGGGGCACAGUGUCCUUCGAUGCCAGUAAUGUAGAUUAGAAGAAUGAUUUGGAUACCAAUGAGAUUUAUAUGGGAUCUCUCAAUGUAAAUCAGUAACAUAAGGGAUGUAUAUAGAGUAGCCAUUUUAAUGUAUUUAAAUCGAAUCACAUGUGACAAUCUGCUGGUAUACAGACUAUGUCUUAUCACACAAUAGUUGACAGAAAAUGUAUUAAAAAAAUACACAGCUAAACAUGAUAAAUAAAUGGGCAGUAAAUAAAGCAUUUUUGUUUAAUAAAUACGAUUAUCAGUAACAAUGCUAAACUGCCCCAAAUUAUACUGUUUGCAUUUACAGCCUGCAUUUCUCUGUUGUGGCACAGAAAAUGUGACACCAAUGUUAAACAAAAAUAUUUUGAUAAUGACAGAAAUAACAUAAAUUGCAUCACACAACCUUUUUUUAUGACCAUAACAGACCCUGUCAAUUUUACAAGGCAGGAUUCUUCACCUGUUUGAGUAUUUCAGAACAGAAAGUUUUUGAUGUAUAUUUCUUGUAUUGUUCCUUUUGUUUUCUGAGUGAGAGUUGAAAUAUAACCUGUGUGUUAUUAAAUGGUAUGAUCGUGUCUGGAUUUGCAUGUGUCCUAUACAUGAUCAGAUUAGCUAUGAUUUGUAUAUAAGGUUUUAUUGAUAAUUUGUUCUGAUGGGCAAUUAUUAUAGAAUAAUAAAACAUAAAUUAAGUGUA